AGCAUACGCCCCUGCCCAGCGAAGGGACAAUCAGCUCGAAACGGCGGCUCUAUGGAUUCGUGGACUUGGGUAGUUCACAUUUUAACCUUUCACCGAAGGCCACACAUCUACGUUCUAAAAACUUUACCAAUUGAAAGACAUACCUUUUUGUCUAAUCGUACUUCUAUAACAGAAAAGGGGUUUGUCUAUUGCAAAUUAUAAGAGAGGUAGAUAUCUGAUUAAACAGUAGCGGAGGAAGUGAACACCGUUUCGCCGUGACACCCUUUUUUCGUUAGAGUUAGAAAACACAAUACCCAGCGAGGACUUUCUUUGGAAUGUAGUGUAACAAUGCAGCAUGACAUAACAGCGUAUUGUGUGAGUGGGAUCGCAAGCGGUUUGAUUGUAGAGCCCAUACAACGAUGACUAGAGAGUGGAGUAAGGCGUCUCAAAGGCAGAUACUCAAAGGCUAUGGGGAUGCAUUCGCAUUGGACAGACACUGUCAUCCUCGGAACUAACUUUACGGAAGUGUUUUUUUUAAGGAAAUCGUAGUCGAUGAAGACGGGAGAAGUCUCGUCUUUCGCCGGCGAUGGUGAUACGGACGCUCAUAUCAGGACCCCCAGUGCGAUGGGAUGGCACGAUAGUGGGUCUGCUGCUGCUGAUACUACUUGUGAUACCUACUACUGGGUACCCGGCAGGUGCUCCUCUAGAGGCGUGUGGGGAUUUGAUACCAGGACACGCUCUGCCUCCUCAAGUUAACAUCAAUUUACUUGGUAUUACCAUGACAACCAGUGUGAUGAUAGACGACGACGAAGACGACGAUGACGAUGACGGCAAAACUACCGUUCAUGUGUCAUUGAUGGGAAACCAACCAAUUGGGGAUUCUUUAAAGGAUUCAUGAUCCAAGCCCGUCAUGUCGGAGGCAAUACACCUGUAGGAAGCUUUACCAGGAUACCAGAGGGUCAACAGGGCUAGACUGUAACGGUGUAAAGAACUCGGCCGUCACGCAUACCAAUAAUGAUCAAAAGUUCGGUGUAUCGUUCUCUUGGAGGCCGUCGAAGAAAAAAGAUGACAUGACGAACUUGGUAUUCAUUGCCACAAUAGUGAAGACCUACAACCUCUACUGGACGAACAUAACAUCUGAUGUCCUGUUUCCUGCAGUCUCUCCGACACCUUCUGAUAAGAACGACCCUGACAACACAACUACGGAUCCCAUUCCUACCACGGAGAGGCAGACCACACCAGUUGUCGUGGUAACAACGCAAAUAGCCACUGAAAAUAUGACUAUGAACUCUACGACUUUGUUCCAAAAUAGUACGACGAUGGCGCCAAGUACAGAUGGGUCUAACAUGACAACAGAUGGGUCUAACAUGACAACAGAUAUGACUCCUACUACAAGUGUAGCCCCAAUUACUAAUGACAGCACUACUGACUCCUCGUCAAAUAUUACCACCAAAGAUUAUACGACUGAAUAUUUAAAUACAACUACAUAUUCUGUGACAAGAUAUGUGACAAAUUCGACAAAUGCUACUACAUAUGGCACGACAUUGUCCAGUAACGUUACUGAAAGUGUAACAACUACACUCGCAUCAACUAGUGAUAUCGUUAAUACCACAUAUGAUGUCACCACAGAUGACGUAGUUAGCACAACGCAAUCGACCCUUAAUACUACUUCUGAUACAACCAACGUAACCAGUAACUCACCUGGUUUGAAUUUUACAACUGGAGAGCCAGAUUCUCCUACGACAUUAAAUCUUGUGAAUGUUAGUACGACAUUAAAUCCUGAGAACGUUACUACGUCAUUAAAUCCUGAAAAUGUUACUACGUCAUCCAGUUUUUCCACAGUUAAUGUAACAGUACCAGCUGAUAACAUGACCACAACUCAAGAGCCUGCCGUAACGACAGUUAUCAUGGCUCCUACUACCGUUCAAACAACUCAAAUGACUACAGAAUCUAGUAAUGCUACAACGGCUGAUAUUUCAACAACAAUGGAUGAAGCAGACACGAAUGGGACGUUCACAACAAUGGGCAUGCUAUCACCCAAUGAAACGUCCGUUGGAAAUAUGACAACCUCACCGUCACCCAUGAAUACAACAUCAGUGUCGUCAACUAUGGCUAAAACGACAGUUCCGACUGUCACAAACGAUUCAUUUGUAACUACCAGUGGAAACCAGUCAUUGACAACUAUGCCAAACGUAACAACAAUGGUACCAACAACUGAAACAACAACGUCAGUUACCAACGUGUCAUUGACCACACUGUCAGCUGUGACGAAUGAUUCAUCUGUAACUACCGGUGACAUGACAACUUUUUCAAACGUAACAGCAACGGUGACAGGACCCAGUACCACUUUAAACGUAACAACAAUGGUAACAACAGUUGAAACAACAAUGCCUAUUACCAGCGUGCCAUUGACCACACUGUCAGCUGUUACAGACGGUUCAUUUGUAACUACCGAUGAAAUGACAACUAUUUCAAACGUAACAGUAAUGGUGACUGAACCAAGUACCACGUCAAACGUAACAACAACUGAAACAACAAUGCCUAUUACCAACGUGUCAUUGAGCACACCGUCGACUGUGACAAACGGUUCAUCUGUAACUACCGAUGACAUGACAACUAUUUCAAACGUAACAGUAAUGGUGACUGAACCAAGUACCACGUCAAACGUAACAACAACUGAAACACCAAUGCCUAUUACCAACGUGUCAUUGAGCACACCGUCGGCUGUGACAAACGGUUCAUCUGUAACUACCGAUGACCUGACAACUAUUUCAAACGUAACAGCAAUGGUGACAGAGCCUAGUACCACUUUAAACGUAACAACAAUGGUAACAACAGUUGAAAGAACGAUGCCUAUUACCAACAUGUCAUUGACUACACUGCCGGCUGUGACAAACGGUUCAUCUAUAACUACCGAUAAAAUGACAACUAUUUCAAAUGUAACAGUAAUGGUGACGGAACCAAGUACCACUUUAAACGUAACUACAAUGGUAACAACAGUUGAAAGAACGAUGCCAAUUACCAACGUGUCAUUGACCACAGUGUCACCUGUGACAAACGAUUCAUCUAUAACUACCGAUGACAUGACAACUAUUUCAAAUGUAACAGUAAUGGUGACAGAACCAAGUACCACUUCAAACGUAACAACAACUGAAACAACAAUGCCUAUUACCAACGUGUCAUUGACAACACCGUCGGCUGCUGUGACAAACGGUUCAUCUGUAACUACCGAUGACAUGACAACUAUUUCAAACGUAACAGCAAUGGUGACAGAGCCUAGUACCACUUUUAACUUAACAACAAUGGUAACAACAGUUGAAACAACGAUGCCUAUUACCAACAUGUCAUUGACCACACCGUCGGCUGUGACAAACGGUUCAUCUGUAACUACCGGUGACAUGACAACUAUUUCAAACGUAACAGCAAUGGUGACAGAGCAAAGUACAACUUCAAACGUAUCAACAAUGGAAACAACAAUGCCAAUUACCAACGUGUCAUUAACCACACUGCCGGCUGUGACAAACGGUUCAUCUGUAACUACCGGUGACAUGACAACUAUUUCAAACGUGACAGCAAUGGUGACAGAACCAAGUACCACUUCAAACGUAACAACAAUGGCAACAACGUUUGAAACAACAAUGCCAAUUACCAACGUGUCAUUGACCACACCGUCAGCUGUGACGAACGAUUCAUCUAUAACUACCGAUGACAUGACAACUAUUUCAAACGUAACAGUAAUGGUGACAGAACCAAGUACCACUUUAAACGUAACAACAAUGGUAACAACAGCUGAGAGUAACUAUACAAGUCCAACCCCCACUGAAUCUAAGUUGACUAAAAUUAUAACAGAAAGCAUGACCUCGAUGUCGAGCUUGGCUCCUUCGACGUCCGAACCAACAAGCACGACAACGAUCUCCACCACAUCUACGCCGUCGACUGAACCUGCAAUAAUGACCACAGUCAUAUCUACAGACCCAGUGACUACUCAGUCUGCAGCCACGACCAAUGUACAGUCCACGGUAAAGGCUACAGAAGUAAACACGGAAUCGGUUUCAACGUCAAGUGACAUGCCCUCCACGGUUCCACAGACUUCUACAGGAAGCACCACCGGCCUGCGGACAUCAGUCACCCCUGCUGCACCUUUGGAGACCACUGCCCAAUCACCGAUAGUUGAAAACAGCAACGAAGUAUUUCUUCGCUUCAGAAUCACCGGAAUGGAAUUUACUAACGCUCUGACCCAACCUACGUCCCCGCAAUACAGGAACCUUGAAGCAGAAGUUAUUCCACUGAUGCAGCAGGUUUAUAGUACAACCAGCGAUUUAAGGAGUGUAAAUGUCACCAGAUUCUUGCAAGGUAGCGUGAUUCCCGAAGUCAGGUUAGAAUUCACAUCUUCUCUCGAUGAAGACUCCAAGCGCGACGUCGUCGGUGUCCUCUACGACACGGUCGAUGAGUCUGGCGGUCGGCUGGGAAACUUUACUGUCGAUAACGUCGCAUCAAUCGAUGCAAAUGGUUCUUUCCAUUCAGUAGACGCGUGUUUCAUCCUUCCUUGUCCGUCCGGUGCUUACUGCUAUGUAGAUCCCAAUGACAAUCAAUGCUGGUUGACAUGUGAUAGAAACUCAGGCUACUGUCUCAAUGGAGGAACAUGUGUUCCACCGGGUAACGGAGAAACCAUCGCAACAUGCAGUUGUGCCAGUGACUAUGAGGGCAGGCGGUGUGAGGUUGAGAAAAGUAACGUUGCCCCACCUCCUGAUUUACAAAACAGACUGGUAAUAGUUUUAGCAUCUGUUUGUGGAAUCAUGGCAGUUCUCUUCUUCAUCCUUGCCAUUGUUCUCAUUUGUUGGUGUCGCAAAUUAAGAUACUCCAAAAGAGUAAUAGAAGAAGAUCCUGCUCAGGUAGCCAAAUGGCAAAACAGAUCACGUCGAGCGAGAGCCCAGCGUGACGCCGAAUCGAGUGGAGACGAGACGGCUGAUGGGCUGUCAGGAGUGGCUGGAACCAGUUACAUCCGGCAUGAACCGGAUCCCAGGUUACAACACAAUCUAGUCGCUAUCCAAGAUGAUAUCGAUACCAGUAGUGGAAGCAAUUUUUACUUGACUGACUCAGACUCCGAUUCAGGAGUUUUCCGUCCUAAAAUCAUCGAAGGUGGAGUGAGUUUUCCAUUUUUCGAUGGGAGUGGGAGUAUUCCUGACCUGCUGGCAUCAGCAGCAGACUAUGAGAUGGAUGUCAUGAACAGGAUGUCAUCAAACAAACCGCUAUCAAACUCCAUGCGAGGGCGAUCUGUCAGUUUCAGCGACAUCCAACAAGUGAUAUCCGAUGAUGAUCGCAUAGGAUUCGAGAACUUUUCAUUCGGCAAUGAGGCAGUGAACCCCAAUGCAAAUAACAACUUUCAAAUGCGAUGGGACUUUCAGGUCGGAGGAAACCGUACCACUGAUGAUGCCAAUGGUCAAAAUGUUAACAAUGAGCGUGAUAAAGGUGGGGGUGGUCUUAGCGGAGAGACGUAUGCAUGACGGCACGCGCUGCCAUCACCUAGCUCUGUUGAGAAUUCUCAAGAAUCCCCUUUGCCUCGCUUGCCAGCGAACCUCGCCGAUACAUAUUUCUAAAAGAUGUGUUUUCGGCAAGGUUUAUUUUUCUCAUCUUUUAUUCAAUACUCUACUAACAAAACAUCUGUUGUGUUUGCAUGAUUGUGGUAAUAGCCCCACUAACACAUACUGAUUUUAUCAAUACUAACCAAAUUUUUCUAAAGCACUUUGUAGCAUUUAUAUGCCACAAUCUUCUUCAGAAUAUCUUUAAAUAAUUAUACUUAUGUUGCACUGUCAUAAUUGUAUUCACUUCCAUUAUUCUUUAAUGCUGAAUAGCAAAAUUAAACAUUUCAUUAAUUCAUUCAUUUUCAUUUCACCUUUUAAGGGAUUACAUUAAUGAUCGUGCAGCAUCUCACAAAAAGGAUUCCGAAUUGUAUUCCGGGGUUAAAUUUUAAAAAAACUGCAAUAAAAUGCUUAGCUACAAUUUAGAAUGGGAGUUACUUUAUGAAACAAAAUUAUUAAACUCAAACGGAAUUGCCUUAGAAUAUACAAACCGGUUUACACGUUGUCAAAAGCACCGUGAAAUCAAACGACCACGCAAACAACAGAGAUAAAUAUUGAAACAGAGAAAAGAAAAACCUGGAGUAAAGAAGUCAGACUAAGGGGAUCAGAGCGUGAUGAUGGUAGCUUAGCCUAAUUCACCUUCGUCACCAACACACAGUAUUAUAUAAUAUUCGCCAAGUGGAUUUGUUUGUAGAUCUUCCUCGUCUUUCUGAAACUGUAAAAUGACAAUUUUGUCGAUCUUUAGAGCUAUGGCCUAACGUCAUUCUGUUCUGAUAAAAUCUGAGUGAUGUAACCAUAUUCAACUGUACUAUAAAACCAUAUUCAACUGUACUAUGUGUCCUUCCGAAUUUCCUUUUUAUUUUUUUUCGGGGUAUUCCCUUUCUAGCGAUAGGCCAUCUCUCUCUCUCUGUUUCUUAUUCUUCUUCUUCCUCUUCUUCUUGUUCUUGUUCUUUUUCUUUUUCUUCUCCUUCUCCCUUUUCUACUUGUUCUACUUCUUCUAUUCUAACCCAGUCGCAACGACGAGACCGAAAAAAGACUGAAUGAGCCAUUUUUAUUACCUCAAAUCGACGAGACUUUGCCGAUUAUUGGUCGGUAUGGAGUUGGAUUGGCAUUCACAUUCAUCUACAAUUGGCAUCUCCAAGUUGAUCGUAGUGUAAAGUUCUGUGCGGAUUAUAAUCCGUCACAGAUCAAUGGCGUCAAUUUGAGGGCAGUAUAGAGGAAGAUUUCACGAUACAAAUCAUUUGGCGAAUAUCAAGAAAAGAAACCCAAUAUUCCGUCCAUAGUAAUGUACAAUUAUAUUCUACCACAGUGGUGCUACUUGUAAGUUUCUGUUCGUCAGCAAUAUUUUUAAUUAUAUUCGAUGUUAAUUUAACGUUUUGGGUUAGUGAUCAAAUGAGAUAGGCUGCAGAGAAUAUGUAUAUGAAUGGGCAACAUUGUGAUACUAACCACAGUUUAACGAUAUCCAAUAUACAGCCAUCCAUUAUAACAAUUACAAAUGUGUUCAUGUUUAACCAUUUCAAAUGUGUUCAUGUUUAUCGGAAAUCUACUAAAUUUUAGUAGUCAUAAUUAGGGAUCGCUUCUUUUGGACUUGAAUCCACUACGAAUCAUAGUGGAAUCCACUCCAACGGAUCGUUUGAAUCACUUUUCUUAGUAGGGAUUUGACUCCAAACGAAGUGAGCCUUAAUCAUGACUCCCUGUGAAAGUGGAAUCCCACUCCUGGGACCCUGUUUUACAAAGCCUGUUUUCAAUGACAAAUGACAAAAAACAGUGACAAAUCUGUUGAUAAACCAAUCAGAAGCGAGGAUUUCACUAGCUUAUAACAAAAACUGUCAUUUGUCACUGAUGACAAGUUUUGUGAAAUGGGGCCCUGUAAUGUUAAAGAGGUACAAAGGUUCAGCUAUAGAAUAAUGAAUAGAAUAAUUAUGAUCUCAAGAAAAUUGCGGAAUGUUGGUACAGGCAAAUCAGUGACAUCACAUCUGUCGUAAAGAUACUCAUUAUUCAAGGAAACCUAUUAAUAUUCGACAUUGGACACACACUCCUAAAAGGAUGCUGCAAUAUUCCAUGCAAUAUAGCAUUGCAAUCUGAUUGUCUGUGUUUUUUCCCAUUUACAUGUAUUUUGUAAAAAUUGCUGUAAUGGAAUUGUAUGUGUCUAAUUUCUUUUAGAUUUAAAAGGUAAUAGUUCUUGCUCGCGUGAAAAAAAAAGUUAAAAUCGAGGUAGAUUUAUCUAAUUUAUUUAAUCUUAAUGUUUUGGGGGGAAUUCUUAAUGAUAUUAUGGAAUAUUAUAUGUAACAGAGAUACUAACAAUUGUCAUGUUUCUUUAUGAAAUAGUUUUAUCCGAACGUACUUAUUUUCCUAAGAACAAUUGUAAUGUAGAUACAUGCUUAAAAUGUGUACAGGUCUCGUAUAAGUUCAUAUACCAAUAAUAAGAGCAACCACACAUUUAUUAUACUUAAAGGACGGUUUCGCUUUACAUUUCAUACCCAAUUUUACAUAUCAACAGUAUACUCAGUUUAUAAUUCACUUCAAGUGAAUGAGGUAUCUUCAAAACAUUACUAUUGUUCUCAAAAUGUUUAAUGUGGUGAGAAUCUUCUCUUUAAUAAAUGCCACAACCUAUAUUGAGAUAUUUCAUCAAUAAGUACUUAAGUAUUCUGGUAAUCAUUUUGCACUCUGUCACUGUGAAUUAAUUUCGUUGUUUUUAUCUUGAAUCAUUUACAGUUACCCUUUAAUGUUACUAUUUUAAGAUCACAUCACGUACAUUCGUGUCUUCCUAAGAAUUAUAAAAUAAAUGCGAAGGUAGGAUUUCAAUAAUAUUAAUAUGUUUUUCAAAUAUUAUUGUCCUGUUGAAAGGAAUUAUAUGUUGUCGAAGCAUCGCCAUGUUUAAAAUGAACAUAAUCAGAAUGUCUUUUAAUUUAAAGUCUUCCACUUCAUAUUCUUUCAAUUUUAUGUUUUAACAUUGUAUGAAAAAAUGUACGUAAUAUGAAAAUGAGUAUGGAUAUUUUAAAGAAUAAAUUAUACUUAUACAUAUAGUCUAUAUAAAAA